CGACAAUGAAAGUAUAUAUACGUGACAGCUCGGCCGGGCGCGACAUCACUGCAGCGUAUCUCGCACAGACAGAUCGAGUCGAAGUGAGAUAUUUAAGACGUUUCUUCCUCCUGAACUCAAGUUUAAGUCAAGAACAUGCGUGAGUGCAUCUCAAUACACGUGGGUCAAGCAGGAGUCCAGAUCGGUAAUGCAUGCUGGGAGCUUUAUUGCCUGGAGCACGGGAUUCAGCCCGACGGACAGAUGCCGUCUGACAAAUCCGUCGGCAAGUGUGACGACUCGUUCAACACAUUCUUCAGCGAGACAGGAAGUGGAAAGCACGUGCCGCGUGCGGUGUUUGUGGACCUCGAACCAACAGUCAUAGAUGAGGUGCGCACCGGCAUCUACCGUGAUCUGUUUCACCCCGAGCAGCUCAUAACGGGCAAGGAGGACGCCGCAAACAACUACGCUCGCGGCCAUUACACCGUCGGCAAGGAGCACAUCGACCAGGUCUUAGACCGGAUUCGCAAGAUUGCCGACGGAUGUACGGGCCUGCAAGGAUUCUUGAUCUUCCAUAGCUUCGGAGGCGGUACUGGGUCUGGGUUUUCGUCGCUGCUCAUGGAACGGUUGAGCGUCGACUACGGUAAAAAGUCUAAGCUCGAGUUCGCCGUGUACCCCGCGCCUCAGGUCGCAACGGCGGUCGUUGAGCCAUACAACGCCAUCCUUACCACGCACACCACCUUGGAACACUCCGAUUGCGCGUUCAUGGUCGACAACGAGGCUAUUUACGACAUCUGCCGCCGCAACCUCGAUAUCGAGCGACCGUCGUACACAAACCUGAAUCGUCUGAUUGGCCAGAUCGUCUCAUCCAUCACGGCCUCUCUCCGUUUUGACGGCGCCCUUAACGUGGACUUGACCGAGUUCCAGACCAACUUGGUUCCCUACCCCCGCAUCCACUUCCCCCUGGCUACAUACGCCCCCGUCAUCUCAGUCGAGAAGGCCUACCACGAGCAGCUCUCCGUGGCAGAGAUCACUACCGCCUGUUUCGAGCCAGCCAACCAGCUCGUCAAGUGCGACCCGCGACAUGGGAAGUACAUGGCCUGCUGCCUGCUCUAUCGAGGAGACGUCGUGCCUAAGGACGUGAACGCUGCCAUCGCGUCCAUCAAAACGAAGCGAACCAUCCAGUUCGUCGACUGGUGCCCCACCGGCUUUAAGGUGGGCAUCAACUAUCAGCCACCCACCGUGGUUCCCGGCGGCGAUCUCGCUAAGGUGCAGCGCGCAGUCUGCAUGCUGAGCAACACGACCGCCAUCGCGGAGGCAUGGGCCCGUCUGGAUCACAAAUUCGAUCUGAUGUACGCCAAGCGAGCGUUCGUGCACUGGUACGUCGGUGAGGGCAUGGAGGAAGGGGAGUUCUCGGAGGCGCGUGAGGAUCUGGCGGCGCUCGAGAAGGACUACGAAGAGGUCGGCGUGGAUACACAUGAUGACGUUGCCGAGGAUAACGCAGACGAGUACUAGACGUGUCAGUCUUAGUAGGACUAAGAUAUAUGUAUAUGAACUUCUUGAAAAGGGUUAAUGUCAAUAUAUUAAGUACUUGUUAAGUAAACAUAAAACACGAUUUCUUUCUACUAGUCCUACAUUACCUGUCAUAAGCCUCUUUUGAUGCAAUGCAAGUUUUCUGAAGAAAAAAAUAUUUACAAAUAAUAUUAUUGUUUUCCCGAGAAUUAUAAUAACAUAUAUAUUUCCUUUGAAUACAUAUUUUAUCUCAGUUAAUUAGUGUGUGUUUAUUUAUUUUAAAUUUUAAAAAUAAACUGAUAAAAUAAAA